GCAUGAGGCUAGCCCAGCCGGACAUGGUGUCUGCAGCCCCUACUGAAGAGGCCAGGCUGAGUUGGCCACUAGCAGAAGGAGCAGACAAGAGCCCACUGAGGGUCCUCAGCACGACAGAGUCACUUCUUCGACUGCAGAGGACACAGAGGGUGUGGCAGGUCCCCGAGCUGGACGCUGAGCAUGCCAAGGCCUUUCUCAAGCCGUGGCCACUGGGGAGCUUCCUGGUCAUCGGGCAGGACCCUGACCAGGUCCUGAUGUUGAAGACAGGACCUUCGUCAGGAGAUAUCAACACCUACCAAAUUCAGAAGUUUCCUGGAGGUGUGUCCCUGGAAUCCUCCAACCUCUGCAUGCCAGACUUUCCCCAUCUCCUGGCCUUUCUGUCAGCCAGCAGGGACGUUUUGCCAAGGACUCUGCUCUUGCCCACACCUACUGUGGGGCCUGGAGAUAAGCACUCAGAUCCUCGUCGACUUGGCUGCAUCCAGGUGGACACCUCAGGGAGGGUGCUGUCCGUGGUGAACCAGCUCUACCUGGAGACCCAUGGAGGCUGGGAAACAGAAACACUGCAGCAAACAAAGCCAGAAACUGGCCAGAAACGCAGUCUAGCCCCCAGGAUGCCCACUCCACACCGGGUCUCCUGGGUGGAAGAGUCUCUGAAACCGGAAGCUCACCAUACUGGACAGGAAGUGCAUCAUCCAGAAAGACAAGUGCAUUAUCCUGGACCAGAAGCUCACUCUCUUGGGCCAGAAGUACACUUUCCUAGUCCUGUUCUAGAAGAGGAGGAAGAAGUGAACAAUGACAGCUACAAGGAUGAAGAGGAAGGCUGCGAGGAUAUGCUCACUGCCCACAUCCGUGCUCUGGCCAGUGCCCGGAGCAGUUAUGUAGCCAGGCAGUACCGAUGCCUUCGAGCACGACUCAUCUCAGAUUCUGGAAAUCCCUACAGCCCAGGGGACCCAGCCACAGAGCUGCUUCAGGAUGUACGCCAGCUCCUCACUGACCUCCAGGAUUACCUGGCAAAAGACCCCGAUGUCAGAGCUGUCUUUGUGAAUAGGGGACCUAGCAUACCUCGAGAAGAAGAUCUUGGCCCCGCUGUGGAGGUGGCCCUGUGUCGAGCGGUUCUGGAGCCCCUGAAGCCCGCCCUGUGGACCAAACUCCGAACUCUCAGAGCCCAGGAACUGCGGCGACUGCGCCGGCGCCAAAUAGCCUUGAGGGUAGGAGCGGGGCCGGAGGGACAGAGCCCGGCCUUGCGGAACCGUAUCCACGCACGCCUCGCUCACCUGCACGCAGCGUGCGCCCCGCGCCGCAAGGUGGCGCUGUUGUUGGCGGUGUGCAGCGACGUCUAUGCAGGCCUGGCCGGCGGUGAGAAUAAAGGUAAAAGACCUCUGAACUUAGAGUGGUUUAAUGAGCCCCUGGGGGCUGACGCCUUUUUACCUGCCCUGACCGAGGAGCUGAUCUGGAGUCCACAUAUUGGGGAAACACAGUUGGAUGUGGAGUUUCUUAUGGAGCUCUUGGAUCCAGGGGAGUUGCGAGGAGAAGCUGGGUAUUAUCUUACCACGUGGUUUGGGGCUCUCUACCACAUUGCUCACUACCAGCCAGAUGCUGGCCGUGCACCCCAGGAGCUCAGCUCCGAGGCCCGGGCCUCCCUGCGCCAGUGGCACCGAAGACGGACACUGCACCAGCAAGCCCAGCCCACAGCCCCGGAAAACCAGCCCUUUGAGGAGCCAUGGGCAAUAGGGGACCCAUGAUGAUUGGAGUCCUCAAAAAUCAGUCUCUUCAGAACCUUUUGGCCCACUCCUCUGCUAAGCAAGAUUCUGGAGGCGUCUGGGUCAGCACAGAGGGUGGGGCAGGAAAAAGGACGUGGCGUUUUGCACUGGCUGUUCCUACUUCCUUCCUUCCCCUCCUGGUCUGUCCACAUGUUACCUCAAUGAGGCUCUCCCCAGCAAACAAAACCAACGCCCAAACAAUACUACAACUACAGCCCUCUCACCUGAAUCUCUCUGGGGCAGGUAGAAUAAAGGCACAGUUCCCAAAAGGUAUCUA